AUGAUAAAUAUUGAAACCAAAGGUGAAAUAAGAAAAAGAAAAAAUCACGUACGAAUGAAACAGAGACGAACUUCAAAUCGUCUUGCAAAAGAUCGCCAAGCUGAAGAUGCCAAACUACCCCUACAUGUCUUAGAAAUGGAUGAAGAUUUUAACAAAAUGAUAAAAGAACACACUGACUGGCCGCAAGUAAUUGAUCUAGAAUUAUCAAAAAAUGCUUUAGCUGAAUUUCGCGAGAAAACUAAAUUAGAUAAUUUACAAGAAUUACUUUGCGCUGUCUGUUCAAGAAUGUAUUGUCUCAAAGAAUUCAAAGCAGUCUCUGUAAAUGAAAUAAACCUUUCUUUACUUGAAACUCCAAUACAACUCACUGAACCAUCCUUUGAAAUUAAUUUUCAUUAUGAUCAUCCAAUCAUUGAUUCCAGUGGUUUAAACAUUCUCCUUGAUCGUAAUGGAUUUAUUUACCCUCAAAACAACCUUGAAAAUUGUACUAAUUUUGAAACCUAUAAGCUUUUCAAUUUGCGAAUUUGUAUCACUUGUCAUAAUUAUUUACUAAAAGGUAGAACACCACCAUUAUUCUUAGCUAAUAAUAUGUGGAUUGGAUCUAUGCCAUCUUGUCUUGAAGAUUUAACGAUUCCAGAACAACUUUUGAUCUCACCAAGAUAUCCUUGUAUAAAUCUUAUACAAUUAACGAAGAAAAAACACACCUAUCAUAAACUCAAAAGACACGUUAUAACAUUGCUCCAAAAUCCUGGAUCAUUAUCAAAAGUAUUACCUUUACCUUUAUUUAAAUUAUGCAAAUAUCUCAAAGUUAGUAAAGUAACUAAAGCCCUCCAAUGGCUUUUUAGACACAAUGUCUUGUUUAAACAACUCAAAUUUGAUAAUGAUACUUUAAAUAGUUUUCCUGAAGGAGACAUACCUGAAGAAUUAUUAUUAACAAUUACAGCGGUAAACAUUGAUCCUCGUAAAGUUGAACAUUAUACUGGCUAUAAUCAAGAUUCAUUAGAUGAAUAUAAUCAAACAAGCGACAAAGAAGAAACCAAUUUUUUCAAUAAUAAUACUAUUGGUACUGCACAUGAGCUUAGAUCUUCAGGUAAUGAACCUCUAAAUGAAUAUAGAGAUAUGUCUCUUUUACCUGCUGCAUUUCCAGUUCUUUUUCCAUAUGGUGUUGGUGGCCAUGAAGGCCGAACUCAACAUAUGACUUUAAAAGACUAUAUUAACCAUCUAAUGUGCUAUUACGAUCCUAAAUUCAGACAACAUCAUGGUGCUCCUUCUUUGUUCAUAACCAUUAAUCCUACUGAUUUACAUAGUUCUAUAGUUAUGAUGUAUGCUGGCGCAAAAAUAAAUUCAGAUACUACAUUACCUGAAAAUUUCCCUUCUGCUACAGAAAAUGCACGAUUAGCACAUCUUGACCCUUCUGCUGUUUCAAAGUAUUUCGAUGUCUUAAUUAAAACUAUACUAGAUACUAUUGUUGGUUAUAACAAAAAUUUUGGUGGUGUGUUUGGACAAGUACAAAAUUAUUAUGGAGUGGUAGAGUAUCAAGAUCAUGGUACACCCCACUGUCAUCUACUAAUAUGGCUAUAUGAAUCGCUUAAUCUAAUCGAAUUACACAAAAAACUCAAAAUUGAUGAAACUUUUUGCCAACGCUUAUUAUCAUAUGUUAGUAAUAUAGUUAAAGAAGACAUAAGUUAUCUUCUCGAUAUGAAUGAAACUUUAACUAAUCAAAUGCUUGAAAAUGAAUACAAAACGCUGAAAACAUUACAAGAAAAAUGA